GGCAGCAAUGUGAAAGCGGUGUAUUACUUUCCAUGUAAUUGAGUUAGGCAGAGCGGUGGGACAGCCCUGGUGUCUUUUCUCCUGUACAGAGGUCCUGUAGUUCCGCGUUGUCAGACCCGCGGGUGCUCGCACCACGUCACGGGCAGCUGGAGGAGAUCUCGGCUCCCGGGACCCCGGCAUGUCCACCCCACAGGACUCAGACGACGCCUAUGAUUUCCUCUUCAAGAUCGUGCUGAUCGGGGAUGCCGGGGUCGGGAAGACAUGUGUGGUGCAGAGGUUCAAGAGCGGCAUGUUUGUGGAGCGUCAGGGGAGCACCAUCGGGGUGGACUUCACUAUGAAGACCCUGGAGAUCCAGGGCAAGAGGGUCAAGUUGCAGAUCUGGGACACUGCUGGACAGGAACGUUUCCGCACAAUAACCCAAAGCUACUACAGGAGCGCCAAUGGAGCCAUCAUCGCCUAUGACAUCAGCAAGAAAAAGUCAUUUGAGUCUGUUCCUCGCUGGAUAGAGGACGUUAAGAAAUAUGCCGGCUCCAACAUCGUACAGCUGCUGAUUGGAAACAAAUCUGAUAUGCACGAGUUUCGAGAUGUCCCACUACAAGAUGCUGAAAACCUGGCAAAACAUUAUGACAUCAUCAGCGUCGUCGAGACCUCCGCAAAGGAUUCCAGUAAUGUGGAAGAGGCCUUUGUGAAGAUGGCCGUGGAGCUGAUGAUGAGGCACGGAGGACCAGUCUUCACUGAAAAACCAGCAGAUAGUAUAAAACUUGACAGCAAAGACAUGGCUGGGGAGUCUUGGGGAUGUGCCUGUUGAUGACUGUUUUUUUUUCUAGCAUGUUACGUUUAGUUCUAGAUUGGUGUCAUCAGUAAAUGGGCUUUUCCACUUUUAUCAAAACUACAACUCUCAAUAUGCAGCUUGCAUGCUGACAGUAUUAGUUGAACCUAAAGGCAGCAGGAAGUAGAACUCUGGACAUAUUUCUUGUUUUGUAUAGAGGAGAGAAGGCUUAGAAAACUCUACCAUGGUUUUAUUGUCUGUGUCCUCACUGUGCAGAUUUCCAAUAACUUCUUGUUGUGUCACUGGGGCAGGAAGUUGGCUGAAUCUCUGAGGACACAGAAAACAAUAAAAGCACUUUAAUCCAGGCUGGAAUACUGGUUAGGCAUUAGAUGUCAUGUGUGUCCCUGCUGAGAUUUUCUUAACUUCUUUUGUGUAACCGGGACAGGAAGAGAGGGAGAAUCUCUCCGUCUGGACAUAGAUGACAAAAAAAAAAAA